UCAGACACUCCCAACAGGCGGCAGACGAGCCGGCUCUCCCUCUUCAUUCACCAGCACAGUCUGAAGGGACAAUACUUUAAUGCUGGUCUGAAGGAGCAUCGAGUCUGUCACGGUAUAUAUGCAAACUGGAGAAGUAAACUGGGAACCAGGACCAACCAUCUUCUUCAACAAGACCUUAUCAUCUGUGUCAGGUGCUGAAUAGUGGAAGUGUCCAGGUAGAACUUGGUCCAUCAGUUCAGCCUGACCAUGGUUCUGUGUGAGGACGGUGACUGCAGCGUCUGCUUUUUGCCCUACUCGAGGAUGGACAGGAUCCCCCGGGUGCUCCACUGCAGACACACCUUCUGUGAGCUGUGUCUGGAGACCAUGUCGCAGGCCAGGAGCGGCCUGCUGACUGUGGCCUGCCCUUUGUGUCGCCGGGUCACCUGCAUAGGCCGUGGGCUCAGCCUGCAGGAGGCUCUGUGGAUCAACAGCAGGCUGUGGGAGCAGAUACCAGAGGAGGUGGACACAGACUCCAAGGAGGUGGAGGAGGAUGGACCGCAACGGAAAGUUGAGGGGGAGAGGAUAGAGGCUAAACAACAACCCUCCUUACAAGCAGCAUGCAUUUCCUCGAGGUCGUCCAGAGCAAAGCUCAAACUACCCGCAUUCUUCAGAAAGUUCAGUCUGACGAAGCAGCACCAGGAAAGGAUCGUCCCUGGCAGCAACGUGGAAAUGAAAUCCUGGCGCAGGCUCUCAGCUGAAGAGACAUUUUGAAGGAAGAAGAGAUGGACCAAGAAUGGUGCCACAUGUUGCAGUUCUCAGAUGCCUCUUGAGGACUUCCCUCAACCUUGUCAAGUUUAGGCCGUUAGGACUGAGAAUCCAUUUGUGUUCCUGUCAAGACCUUGUUUUGUCCUCAACCAAAGGUGCCCUGUCUCCCCAUUAUUUAUCCUAGGCUUAAUUCUCCCAGCUGGUGCUGUGGGAUUUGGUUCAGCUGUCCCUGUGGGGCUAACACCCCGAGACCCCCUCAUAACAGAUGGUCUCUUGAGGAUGUUCCCUUUUACAUAGCUACAGCUGAACACGCAGUAUAACUUAUUGUUGUCUUAAUUUAUGAUAGCAAGUUGACAAAGUAUU